AAGAUUUGAAGCCCACAAGUAGUGGUUUACCUUACUUAGGCCCUUAUUUCCUUCCUUCCUGCACUUUGCUUUGUGUUUAAUCAUUAGGCAGCCAAUAGCUCAGAAAGAAAAAAAAAAUGGCAGCACAAGCACUUGUUUCAUCUUCUCUUACCUCUUCAGUUGAAACUGCUAGACAAAUUUUAGGUGGAAGACCAAACCAUUCCUCAAGAAAGAGCUCCUUUAUUGUUAGGGCUUCUUCUACUCCUCCUGUUAAGCAAGGAGCUAACAGACAGUUAUGGUUUGCUUCCAAGCAAAGCCUGUCUUACUUGGAUGGCAGCCUACCAGGUGACUAUGGUUUUGACCCACUUGGUCUGUCAGACCCUGAAGGAACAGGAGGAUUCAUUGAGCCAAAAUGGUUAGCCUAUGGUGAAAUCAUCAAUGGUAGAUAUGCAAUGUUAGGAGCUGUAGGUGCUAUUGCACCAGAAAUUCUAGGCAAGGCAGGUCUAAUCCCUGAAGAGACAGCCCUCCCAUGGUUCAAAACUGGUGUAAUCCCACCUGCAGGAACAUACAACUACUGGGCAGAUCCAUACACACUAUUUGUGCUAGAAAUGGCACUAAUGGGAUUUGCAGAGCACAGGAGAUUUCAAGAUUGGGCAAAACCAGGCUCUAUGGGCAAACAGUAUUUCUUAGGGUUUGAGAAGUAUUUGGGUGGUUCCGGCGACCCGGCAUACCCCGGUGGACCCCUUUUUAACCCUCUAGGGUUUGGAAAAGAUGAGAAAUCAAUGAAAGAUUUGAAGCUCAAAGAAGUUAAAAAUGGAAGACUGGCCAUGUUGGCAAUAUUGGGUUACUUUGUACAAGGUCUUGUGACAGGAGUUGGACCAUACCAAAAUCUGUUGGAUCACUUGGCUGAUCCUGUUAACAACAAUAUAUUGACAAGCCUUAAGUUCCAUUAGGGAAUUUAUUCUUGUCUAUUCAGGGAUUUGGAAUUGCAUAUGCAUUUAUAUAUCCCUUUUCCCUUUUGUCUCUCUUUUUCUUUCCACUCCUACUCAUUGUAACCAUCUGUGUGAAACAAAAAGCCCUAUUGUAAUUUCAUGUAAGAAAGCACAUGUUAAAUGCUAAGAUGAAGAUAGACCCUCUAAUUUUUA